AGCAGUGUGAGCAUGUUCGAGUUCGAAAGUUGUUCUGCUUGUGUUUGAAUACUUAUGUUUUAGCGCUUGGGGAACACGUGUAUACUUCGCUCUUUAGUUCGAAGCUAAUUACUUUAUUAUUAGUGUUCAUAUCUAGUUUUACAGUAGACUAAAAUUACAAGAUGUAAGAGCCACAACAGAUCUGUAUUUUCGCUAAAAAACCUGCUGAUGACUCAUCAGUGAAUUGGUAUCUUGUGUUGACUGUUGACAGGUGCAUUAGUUUCAUUUUAGUUGGACAAAAACAUUAAAAAAUAUGGCUAAGAUAUUAAAGCAGUUAGUUUUUGGACAGAAGAAAAAUCCCCCGGCCCCUCCAAUGCCGGAUUAUCAAGGCGAAGAAACACCUAAAGGAGAAUUUGCUGAUCAUGAUUAUGAAAAUAUAUCCAAAUUUUCUUCAGAAGGACGAAGUAGUGUACGAUUUCAAGAGCCUAAAGAACCUGAGCUGGUAGUUUUCGAGAACUACAGCGAACCAGCUGAUCUGCUUCGGAAUGACCUGUCCGCGUUUAGUCACGAAGACGAGAGUGAUCCUGUUUACAUGGCCCCCGUGGAUGAUACAAGGCAGUCCUCUAAUUGGACCACUAACGAGGAGGAAGACAUGUAUUGUGUGCCCUAUGAAGGAUCAGAUGCCCCUCCUCCAUUACCUUCUCCGUGUUUAGGACCAGGACGUUCUAGUGAUGCCAGCAACUUGAAAGACGAUCCUCUUUCUGCAGAUGAUGCGUAUGAUGUAGUUCCCGAUAUCAGUGCCGAAGAUGAGUGUGUUGGAUCAACACCUGUUGACGAUAUCCGUCCGUGCGAAGAAUAUGACGAACCCUGGGAAUGGAGCGUGGGAGCCCGGCUCACAAGCAGUUUGCAAGUGUCUCCCUCCUCGCCUGGAGCUCUAUCCCUAGAUACCACAGAGGACAGAACUUUCUCUGAACCAGCAGUUGGAGCUUCUAGCGAAUCCUUGCUGUCCGAUUCUGAGUCCUGUUGUGACGAAGACGAAAUGACGGCCAGACAGAGAAGACUUUAUGAGACCGCUUUCGACAGCCGCGUCAAGCGUGAUGCAGAUGACCUUGAUAGGUUGAUGCAGAGCCCCGUGCUGCAGGGCGACCUUUACCACAACAGUCGGACCUCAAACGAGGUUGUGACGCGAGCAGCGUCACGAUCAUCCUUCGGGUCCACAAGUGGUAGCUCUGCGUCGAGCACGCCUACUCACCAACCUAUGGUGAUCUCCCGUGAUUCGCCACGACAGCGUCACCAACCACUUCACUUCACACCCACCGAAAGGAGAAAGGUGACUCUCAUCCGGGAUCACCUUCCCAGGUCUUCCUCCCCGCAGGCCCGUAUCCUGAAUUUGGUCUCGGGUGGCGAACCCAUAUCAAAAGGAUUUGUGCAAGGAGAACUCAAUCGCAAUGGGGCCAAAGUGCUGAAUACCAAUUACGAUCGCAAGAUAUCGUUUAACAACCAAUGGGACAACGUGUCCAGGUGUUCGUCCGACAAAAGCUCCAGUCAAGAAUCGAUGAACGUUGUAGAUCCAAAGGACGAAUUUAGGUUAUCGUCCAAUAACUCAAAGAAUGAACAGCAACAACAAAGAAACUUUAAUUUAGGUAAAAGUGCUAGUCGUGAUAACUUAGUAUUUAGGGACGAUCGAAGGAACUUAACGGCUAAUUAUCCAAGUAAUUGGAAAGAAUUGACGAAUGCGAGGUUAGAGAACUCGAAUCAGAAGAAUGUUCAAGAUAAUGUGUUCCAGAAGGAUGGUGCACAAGAUGAACCUAAUUCCUUUGUUUCGAAAAAAUCUGUGGGCAUCCAUUCUGGUGUAAAGGUGCUACCUACAGACAAUACCCGCUUAAGUAAAUCCAAAAACAAAGCAAAUCCAUUACUUUCCGACUCCUGUCAACCUCAUAACCAAGUUCUGGAUCCUGAGCUGAAAGAAAACAACUCUCAAAACCUUCCUCCGAGCAACGAAGACGCUCGACGCAAACCGAUGAGGCCUACCAGUCUCUUGUCCGAAGUCCGACCUCUAGACAAUGUUCCCCAGAGUCCGGACAGCGACAACAGACCUUCGGACGAAUAUGAUCCUCCCUGGGAAUUCAAGUCCAACAUUUUGAGGCCUUCCGUUAACGGGUCCAUAUCCGUUCCAGAGAGAUUGUCUCAACCAGCGUGCAAUCAAAGCCAAUUAUCGUCUUCCGCCACACAUGACAAGCUGGAGAGUGAAGACCAGAGUGAUAAAAGCCUUCCAGUAGCUAUGCCGAAAUCUCUGCCUGCGAAGCCUAGUCUUUCAUCCAGGCCUAACUUGAACUUGAAUCUGAACCUGAAUUCCGAUUCGCCCAGGAAAGCCAGACAGAAUCUGUCCCUGAAUUUCGGUUGUGCUGCUCUGAGUGCUGUGGGUGAAAAAGUGGAUGCCGAGCUGACGCUGGAAAAGCAAGGGUGGUACCACGGGUCCAUUAGUCGGCUGGACGCCGAGAACUUACUGCGGGUGCUCAAGGAAGGCAGCUAUCUAGUGAGGAACAGCGAAAGUUCCAAACAAGAUUAUUCCCUGUCUCUCAAGAGUGCCCGUGGCUUUAUGCAUAUGAAGAUAGUCCACAGCGACGGUCGAUUCAUCCUGGGACAGUUCAGCAAUCCAUUUUCCAGCAUACCCGAAAUGAUCCAUCACUACUCAAUCAACAAACUCCCCAUCAAAGGAGCCGAGCACAUGUCCUUACUCUAUCCGGUUAUAGACCAGCUCCUAUAACGACCACCGGUCCUCAUCCAUCACAAUAAUCCGGACGAUGAUUACAUUCCUUGGUUUUUGUCCCCUUCCUUUUGUUACGUGUUAUUUGUUGGAUUUGUGUAACAGCAUUUCCGCUCGCUCAACCUUCCGAUCCAGAGAGCUUCUUAAGGUUGUCGUCCCUCAAGAAGCACAACUAAUGAUCCGUGACACGGAAUACUGAAUAAUAUUUCCAACCUAAAUACGAGACGAAGCUCCUUUACUAGCUCAUAAUAUAUUUUAUGUUGUAAUACAUUGUAAUUUCAUAUUUUUAAUAUACUUUUGACUGUACUUGUUUUUAAACAAGGACCCCAUUUCCUUAGUUGAUAUUUACAUAAACCAUCUAAACCCACAAAAACAAAUUGCUAAGUUUCAUGGAGUUUCUUAUAUAGAAAGCAGGUCUUUCUUCGACAUUUUUUCCUUUUCAAAUAAUUUCAAGAACGCAUUAUGUAUUUAUUUAUUAUGUGCUAUUUAACUUCAGCUACUUUUCGUGUUCCACAAAUGUAAAAUACUAAACUAAAAUAUACAGGUAUAUUAAACAAUUCUUUUAGUGUAUUUGACAAUUCUUUUUUCAAAAAGCAAUAAAAUUAAUGAAUAAAUAAAAGCAAUAAUAAUAAUAAAUACAAGCUACAAUACUGGGAAAUAGUGUUGAAAGAAAUGGGUAAAAAUGGAGUAAAAUAAAAAAAAAGGAUAAAUUAUAUGUACGGAAUAUAAAUAAUAAUAAUAAUAAAUACAAUAUACAAAUAAAUAUAUCAUUUUUCGGCAUAGGAAGAUUUGAUAUAAAAUUAGUUAGCAAAUUUUAAUAAGUUGUCUUAAUCGUUAGGAUUUUUUUUUUAAUUUUUGAUUAAUAAUAGUUAAGAAUCAGAGAAAAAUGCAUUUAAGCUAUGUCUUUAAAAUAGCAAUAAAUUAUUAACAAUCCUAUUUGAGAUAUGGAUUCAAAGGACAGAAAAAUAUGACUAAUAUGAAAAAUAACAUAGUGUUAUAGUGAAAUUAUUGUAUAAAAACAAUUCAAUUCUCACAUCGACUCUAGCUAUUUAUUUAUAUUUUAAAAUUUUAAACCCUUAAAAUAAUGUUAUUUAUUUAUGUGAUUCAAGAGGAUUUUUUUUUUAAUUCAUAAUAUUUCGGAAGGAUUUUCAGGUUAUUAUUUCUGAUGUUUCUUGACCAAUUAAUGUUUUGAUUAGAAUCAAUUAAUGUUUUGAUUAAAAAAAAUAUUAGUAGCUAUGAAGAAUUCCUUUCUUAAAAACGCUGACCACAUUCUGAAAUUAAUGAGGGAAAACUUUUCUGGUUUGAUUUUCUGUUUGAAUUUAUUAUAUGCACCAUUUCUCGUGCAUAUGUAAUUAAAACGAAUUUAAAAAUUUCAGUUAAUGCUAACUUGGUACAAACUUCAUUAAUAUAAUUUUUUUUUUUAUAUAAGAGCGUGUUAAAAGUGGAUGACUUUUACGUCUUCUUAAAUGAACACUUAAUAAAGAAAAUGUUUAUCUUAAAAAUCUCAAUAGAACGCUUGAAACCCUGCGCUCUGUCUUCUUAUAAUCUUUAUAAUUGCGAAUUCAUGCCGCUGCAAACAUCUCCAAGCAAUUAAACUGCAUAAUCCUUUUCGAACCAUUUGCGUUUUUAAUGCCGUCUUAUUUUGCGACUCCUUGAACUAUAUAAGCUGUCUUAAGAAUUUUUCCAUGCUACAUAAUUGCCGAUCGCGUCAUUUUGCUUGCCCAAAACUUAUUUCCAUUAGAAUUCAUCGUUAAAUUCUACUUAACAGGAAAAAGCUUUAAAUGGCUGCCAGCGUAAGAGGCAUUUAGUCAUUAACCCCCAAGCUUUAUUCAAAUGUGCUAUCAGAAAGUCGUUCAUUAACGGGACCGAGGACGAAGGCUGUUCAUUCGCGCAUCCCUCUUUACAGAUGCAUUCUGACAAUGAAAAGCUUUUUUUGUUUUUCCUAGGUUAUGCGAAAUAUUGUUUCUGUUCUGUUCUGAAACGAACCAAUUUUUAUCUUCCGAAUAAAAAUUGUAAUAUUGUCUCUAAAAUAUGGUUUAAAUUUGACUACUUGAUUAUUGUUUGUUCCAUGAAAGAAAAAUUUGUACGAGAGCUCUUGUUUUUAAAAUUGAUUUUAAACCACUUCAAUAGGUUAUACAUCGCAAAUUAUGUGCGAAAUGAGUUUAUUUUAAUCUAAUGGCUGAACUCAUUCUCUUUAAAUAAUCCAUGCCUUUUCUAAAUCUCAGUACUUAAAAGAAAGUAGUCAUUUUAUUUGUGUACUUAAAGUGUAGAGUUAUAAUAUGAAUUUGCUAGUACUUACAGAAAUAAAUAUAUACUUAAUACUGGUUUAAGCUCUUGAUUUGAAGUGCAGGAAAAAAAAUCGUAUAUUGCCUUUUCAUUUGCUAAACUUUAAAAAGAGACUAUGAAAGCGAGCCAUGCAUUUUUGAUCUAUAUAUUUUUAAGCACUUACUCUUUUUGCGAGAAUUAGUUUUAUUGGUUGUAAAAUAAUAAUAUAAAUUAAUUCAAAUAAAAGUUAUUACAUGUAAUUAUGUAAAGAUAGUUGAUUUCAUUUACCUUUUUCCUGCAUAAAUUCUAGAAUUUCUUCGUAUCUCACAUGAUUUCUUACUACCUCAUCCAUUUAUCUACUAAAUUUUAUAAAAGAUACAAUGCAUUGUUACACGAAAACAAAAAAAACCCAGCUACAAGUGUUAUAAAAAGUUUUUUAAACCUCAUUG